AAUCGAAUUUUUCCAUCAAGGCUAUUAUCUAUCGCUUACUGUUAUCUCCCUACAAACAUGUGGGACUUGAGCCCCAAGACGACGCUUGAUUUCGCCCUCUAUGGCUUGCUGGCUUUCUCAACCCUGGUCACUAUUAUCCUCGUAACGCUCCCUUCGCAGUAUGACCCAUACUCCACAGACUUCGCCAAAGAUGAGGUUGUGGACGACAAGAAGAAAGUCAUGACUCCAGCUGAGUAUGUAAAUCGGAGAACUUGGGUAAAACAGACCAGGCAUUUGGGAGCGUCUUUCCAGGUGGUGGUGCUUGGGGAUAUUGGACGGAGCCCCCGCAUGCAAUAUCAUGCCAUUAGUAUUGCGAAGCAUGGGGGUCAAGUACAGCUAAUUGGCUAUACUGAGUCGGAACUCCACCCUGAUGUUGUAUCAAAUUCAAGCAUCAAGAUAGUACCGAUUGACCCUUCUCCAGCCUGGCUACGAGCACCAAGCAGCCUGCUAUUUCCACUCGUGGCUCCGUUGAAGGUGCUCUGGCAGGCAUGGAGCCUCUACUACGCCAUGGGCUAUCGUGCGACUGCUACCAAGUGGAUGCUUGUUCAGAAUCCUCCCUCCAUUCCAACUCUGGCCAUUGCUCAAAUUGUUUGCUUCCUCCGCAAUACUGAAUUCGUCAUUGACUGGCACAAUUUUGGCUACUCAAUUCUGGCCCUCAAACUUGGACGCCGCCAUCCUCUUGUCCUCGUCUCAAGGUUAUACGAGAACAUCUUCGCCCGAUCUGCUUUUGCGCAUUUUGCUGUCACCGAUGUCAUGGCUACCGUCUUGAAGCAGAAGUAUAACAUCAAAGCCCAGGUCCUCCAUGACCGGCCAGCUGCUUUAUUCAGACCUUUAAACUCAGAAGAGCGCACCAACUACCUCUCCCAGCUACCUGAGACCGCACAGUAUGCAAAAGACCUGUCAAGUGGCUCAUUGCGUCUUGUUGUUAGCUCCACGUCCUGGACUGCCGACGAAGACUUCUCGCUUCUUCUCGAAGCACUAACAAGCUAUUCCGCCCUAGUCACCUCUAAAACUGGCCUUCCUAAGAUAUUAGCUAUAAUCACAGGCAAAGGGCCACUCAAAGAGCACUAUCUAAGCAAGGUUCGGGCUCUGAACCAAAAAAACCAAUUGCUUAACGUGCUCCUUCUUACUGCAUGGCUCACACCGGAGGACUAUGCAUUGCUUCUGGGAUCCGCGGAUCUAGGUGUAUCAUUACAUACCUCAUCUUCCGGAGUAGAUCUUCCAAUGAAAGUUGUAGAUAUGUUCGGGGCUGGGUUGCCAGUGGUAGGAUGGAGUAGGUUUCAGGCUUGGCCUGAGCUGGUUCAAGAGGGUGUCAAUGGACGAGGCUUCGAAACUUCUCAACAACUCUCAGAUCUUUUCGUGGAGCUGUUCGGAAAGGGCGUAUCAAAUUUGGGAAUACUGAAGGACGGCGCACUCGUAGAGAGUGAACGCCGUUGGGACCAGGAAUGGGAUGGGGUUGCUGGGAAACUGUUUCUGCUCGUGAAGCAGCUGACAUGAUUGACAUCAUGUGGAAUCCACAUGGAUAGAGACGAUGAAUGAAAGGGUGUUUCACAUAUAGAGAAAUUAUUGAGCUUGAUCAUUCAACCUGCAGUGAGACAGG